UGCUUACCCUAAUUUUAUUCCGUAGGUAAAUGUGAUGAUUAUUUGUCACCUUAUAAAAAUCUUUAUACAAUAACUAAAAGAGUUAUACCUCAGAUAAUAAUAUUAUCAUUUACUAGAUCGCAAAUCACAAUAACUUUAAGAAGGAUAUCUUAUUUUGUAAAUUAUCUCGUUAAUCAAAACAAACAUAAUAUUACACAUUUAAUUUUUGAUUAUAAUUCCAUGUUUCACAUUAAUUAAGAUAUUUGUUUUUCUCAACAUUAUUGCCUCAAUUAGCUAAUAGAGAGGGAUUAGUAAAAAUGCAAGGAUCAUUUGCAACGCUCGAAACGAAAAAUAAACUCAUUAGGAACCAACUUACAAUCCAUUUUUUACUAUAAAUUGAUGUGAAUCAACCCUAUGAUCAUCAGUCGAUGUACAGUUGAACGCGUUCCAGGAAGAAAAUUUGCAAAACUGUAAAUCAAUGCAAUGUCCACACUGCGUCCCGUUAGGGUUAACCGCAGGUAGUCCAACCCUUCCCUAAAGGGUACAACAGGCCCCGCCCCUUUUGCCACUAGCCAUUAGAGAAGGGACGGCCGUCAUUUGCAAUUUUCUUUUCGUGUGAACAAGUUGUGACCAAGAUGUCUCUCUGGACACCGUACGCGCAGGAAGCCGCUCUGGAUUUGAGCAAGCCAGUGGUCAAGAUCGAGAGAAGGUCUCCGGAUUUGCCGGUGACUAAUUCAUCGCCUCCGGUCAGUGGAUAUGUGUACCCAACUACGCACGACAAUCAGUAUUAUUCAGGCUACCCGUACCCUCAACAUGUGGGAUACACUGUUCCAUCAGCGCAGAUAUCCCCGGAGCCAGUGUGGCCUCAAUACCAGCAACAGAAGACGUUCGUAUCACCCUCACCACCAAAUUCGCCGGAUUUCUUCGACACAGAAUCGUUGUCAGAUGAUGUGGAGUACCAGGCCUUCGAGAGAGAUGCUCUCCGGGCUAUGGCUGAGAAGAAUGGCGGCACUUUACUUGGCAAUAACCCUAGGAUGAGAAGAGCUGUUCAAACAAGCCAGGCGGCUGAUGAUUCGUAUAGAAAACAAAGAGAGAGGAACAACUAUGCGGCAAAACAGAGCAGAGAUCGAAGGAAACUCAGGGAGGUCCGACUGGCAUUCCAAGUGACGUAUUUGAAAAAGAAAAUGGCGGAACUAAGAGGAAGGUUGGCUGCAGGAGUAUGUAACAGAUGUCGACAGAUCAGCGAGUGUUGAAAAGAAAUUGGAAAGAUCUGGAAUAAGCUUUCACAUCUGUGCUAGAUGUUAUGUUCGGCAAUGAGUGAAGUGGCGCAUAAUCUAGAGAAUUUAGAGCUAGGUUUAAGCUACGGGAGAUAAUAAGACUGUAUAGAUUGUAAAUAUAAAUUAUUGUAAUGUAAAUACAUAUUUGGAAUUGUCUAUGUCAUCAGAGUUUAUAGAAUA